UGACCGACUGCGCUAUCUGCGUGUGGGACUCUUUCCGCUGUGAGCCCCGCCCAGACCCCGUCCCCGACGCCCUGGAUUCGUCAGAAACCGGCGGGCCUCGCGUGGUGCUCGUUGCCAUGGUGAUCGCUGCCCGGGGCCCAGCCUGACCAGGUCACCAAGCUUCUGGAGCCUUCGCAACCUCCGUGGGACAUUCUGGAAGGAUGAGGUCCUCCCUGACGCCUUUGGGGCCACCUGUGAGCCGGGACCGCAUCAUCACCAGCUUCCCUAAGUGGUACACCCCUGACGCCUGCCUGCAGCUCAAGGAGCACUUUCACGGGCAGGUCAGCAGCACCUGCCAGAGCAGGAACACGGGGACCGUCGGGCUCAGACUCUCCAAGGUGGUUGUCGUUGGCGAUCUCUACGUGGGCAAGACCAGCCUCAUCCACAGGUUUUGCAAGAAUGUUUUUGACCGUGACUACAAGGCCACCAUCGGGGUAGACUUUGAAAUCGAGCGCUUUGAGAUUGCUGGGAUUCCCUAUAGCCUCCAAAUCUGGGACACAGCAGGGCAGGAGAAGUUCAAGUGCAUUGCAUCUGCCUACUACCGGGGUGCCCAGGGUGAGCAUAUGGGUGAUGGCAAUGGUGGGGCCCUCAACCACGUACAGCAGGAGGCUCCCACUGGGCUUAUAACAAGAAGUCCAGGUCCUCCACGCAGACACCAAAUCUGUCCUCUGAGAACCACUGAGAAAAUUCCUGGCCAGUCCUCUGGGAUGAAGAAACUGCCUUCCAGCCAGCCCGGCCUGUGGUUGGCCUCCGCAGUCACAUCCUUCAGGGACCCUGUGCUGGUGGCUGCUCCCUUGAUCAUCACAGCCUUUGACCUCACUGAUGUGCAGACUCUGGAGCACACCAGGCAGUGGCUGGAGGAUGCGCUAAGGGAGAACGAGCCGGGCUCCUGCUUCGUGUUCCUCGUGGGAACCAAGAAGGACCUUCUGUCAGGGGCUGCAUGUGAGCAGGCAGAAGUGGAGGCUGUGCGCCUGGCCAGCGAGAUGCGGGCGGAGUACUGGUCGGUGUCAGCUAAGACAGGGGAGAAUGUGAAGGCAUUCUUCAGCCGCGUAGCUGCCCUGGCAUUCGAGCAGUCGGUUCUGCAGGACUUGGAGAGGAGGAGCAGUGCCCAGCUCCAGGUCGGCGACGGAGACCUCAUCCGAAUGGAGGAGAGUCCACCCGAGACCCAGGAGAGCAAGACAUCCUCCAGCCUGGGUUGCUGUUAGCUGGGGCCUGCAUCCGAAGCCUCUACUCCCUGCACAUGCAUGGACAGUGCCUUCCAUGACCGUGGAGGGGUGAUAGGAAGCCAUCCGUGUCUGCCCACGCACCAUGCUGAGCCCCAGAGCUCAGCCACUUGUCGUUAGCAGGUCAGGAGCCAGGAAAGACCUGCUCUGGCUGCCCAGGAGCCUCUCACUGCCCAGCUGUGGGUAUACUGUGGUGAUCAUCUGGAAGGCCAGUCCCUCCUAUAGAUUCACCUGGGCUUGAGAGGCCUCAGGACUACAGAUAUGAGACACUUGUGCCCCACUAUCUCUUACCCUCGGCACACAUCAGCUGCCCAUGUAGGCACUCUCCCAGCUUUCCUGGGUUGGCCUCAGAAUCCUUCUCAUCUAAGUGAUCCAGGCACGCAGGACUUGUCAAAGUCAGCAUAUGAGGGAAAAUCCACCUGUCAUCCCUGCUUGGGACUUUUCUGUUCUCAACAGGACUUGAAGUUCUGGGCCUCGGAGCCCCAGGCUUCAUCGUCCACUGUCCCUCUGCCACAGACUUAUGGGAUCCCUCAGCAGCCUUGCCCCUCUGAAGGAGGAUGGACAAGAUGGUCUCUCAGGCCCCUUUUGGCCAAGGGGUCAUCUUUGGCUCGCCUUUGAUCCCUGGGAUCCUGUCCUAUUGGUCAGUGGGUGAGAAUAUGCAGAAUAGGCUAUUCGUGCCCCUCCGGCCCACCUGGACAAUGAGUUUCCCUAGCUGUGCUAUGGGAAGAAGGCUUCCCAGCUGCCCCUGAGGUAAAUUCCUACUACAUCCAAUGUGCAUGGCACUGCCCUGCUGUUACCAGCAAUGGUCACCCAGACACUGCUGAGCUGGUGUCCACGGUUGCCCUGCCAUCCCUCUCUCCCUCCGGCCUAUACAGGAAGGGCCUGGAAAACAAGAAAAUGCUGGGUGUGUGCCUCUCAGGACCUUUGUGGUGGCAUCCACGUAUCUUUCGAGGAUAUCAGAGGCCCUCCAGAGUCUAGCAAGCUCCUCACCUACACCACCCCGUCCUGCACAUCCAGAACCAGAAGGAACAACCCAGGCACCCCUUCCCCAGCUCCUUCCCGGAGUGCCCGCUCUCUCUAUACCCUCAUCUUACUCUUCUGUGGGAGCUAUUGACUACCCCCACCCACCCCACACUCCGUGGCCCUGGGUGGGUGCCUGCUCAUCCAUGCCCACCCCAUGCCACAAGCAGGUGGGCACAUCUGGGCACUUCCCACCUGCUUCUCAGGUGAGCAUUUUGCAAACAGCUGUUCUGGUUAGUGCCCUGAACAGUACCCCAUACAGUGCCUGGCACACUGCAAGUGCCCAGUGGCAUUCAUCGGCUGAUAGUGACUGCCAAAUGCUGGUUGGGGAAGAACCUGGCAUCUUUUUUCUGUUCAUUCUCCCUUCACAUUUUAGCUGUCUUUUUUUUAUAGCUAUAAAAUACUUCUUUAUAUAAAUCACACAAAGGAAUUAUGUACACACUUGUGAUAAGCCAAAACAAGACACUACAAAGCUUUGUAUAUAGACUGAAACUCCCCCUCCUGUCCCUGGAAGUAAGCAUUGUUAAUGGCUGUGGGAAUCCUCUCAGACUAUUCCUGGGCAGCACAACCAUGGUUGUGGGCUUGUUUGUUUAACCAGAAUGAGCUUCCACCACACAUGCUGCCUGGCAGCCUGCAUUCUUGUCAACCUGCAGGAGCCCUCUCCACACCCCGAACCUACUUGUUCUUUAGCAGCUGCCGUUUUCCUUCCCGUGAUGGACCAGAGUCCCAAGUGCCCUGCCCCCUGAGGGAGACAUUUGGUUUGUGUCCAUGUUUUAGCUUUUACCGAAGGUGCUUCAGUGACCAUCUUAUAGAUGUAGCUUCGCACACUCAGGAUUCCCAAAGAGGACUUGCUGGCCCUUCUGUGGCGUGGGUCCCCAGCUUAGUCCACCUAGACACAAUCUUGGGGGGCAGGCAGGUCACAUUAGGACCAGGGCUGUGACACACAACAGAAAGCGUCACAAGACGGAGGAGCCUGGUCACAGUGGCUGGCGCUCUCCAAUGGCUCCCUCCCCUCACCCCUUCAGGCCCCAGGGUUGGGGGGGGGGGGCGGCGACAAUAAUAGUGUCCUGUUGCUAGCUCCUGAGCUAGAACCAACCACAGUAUGUUGUGUGUGCCCACUCUCUGUAAGUGGCCCUUUAUUAAACGUUCCCCAUGCUGCCCAC